AUGGCAGCGCAAGUGUAUUCACAAGAUCAGCUCACGCGCUACCUCGACCACAUUUCCUAUCCGCGCUCUCAGCACCCCAGAGACGAGCUCCAAUUCCUCAAAGAGCUCCAAGCCCACCAUCUGGCUCGCGUGCCCUUUGAGUCCAUCAGCCUUCACUACUCGCCCCAUUGCACGCUGUCCGUCGAUGCAGAUGAUCUCUUCCAAAAGGUCGUGGAGAAGAGCAGAGGCGGCUACUGCGUGGAGAUGAACACUAUCUUUGGCGACAUGAUGAGGGCCCUGGGAUUCAACGUCCUCAGCAUCGGAGCCAGAGUCAAGCCUGGUCCCGUAUAUCUCGGCAUGACGCACAGCGCCAACAUCAUCACCAUCAACCAGCAGCGUUACCUCGUCGACGUCGCCUUUGGCAGCCACGGCGCCUUCACGCCCGUCCCCCUCAUCAACGGCUUCGAAUUCGACAACAUCCUCCCUCGCCGCGGCAAACUCGAGUUCCGCCCCAUCGCCCAGUCCACCUCGCCCUCGACCCAAUCUCUCUGGGUCUACUCCACGCAGGAUCUUCCCUCUCUAGACUGGACCGAGCGCUACUGCUUCACGGAAACGGAGCUCUUCCGCGCAGACUACGAAGUCAUGAAUUUCUACUGCAGCACGGUCCGCACCGCCGUCUUUGUCAAUAACGUCUUUGCCCUGAGGGGAAUCAUAAACGAUAGGGGUGAUGGGCUCAAGGGCGUCAUGACUUUGUUGCGGAACGAGGUGAGAAGGAGAGUAGAGGGCGAGCCGGGCUUGGAAGUGGUGGAAACUCUGGCAAAUGAGGAGGAUCGAGUCAAGGCGCUGGAGAAGUGGUUUGAGAUUCCGUUGAAUAAGAGAGAGGCGACGGCGAUUCGGGGCCUGCCGACUGAGCUGGUGCCGCUCAGGCAUUUGUGA